UCAACUCACAGCGACGCAGAGCAGUAGUUGAAGUCCUUCCUGAUCAUCAUCAUCGACAUGAAUCCAAUGAGAGUGCUUAGCCUUCUGGCCUUGCUGGUCGUGGCCGCCAUGGGCAGCCCAAGCGGCAGGAUGAACGACAACUCGGUCAACCAGGCGCUGAAGCCAUCCCAAUGGCUCUCAUCCCAGCAGCUGGAGGCUAUUCCAUCUGUUGAUGAUCUGACGCUGGAGCGUUUGGAGCGCAUGUCCUUGGAGAAGGGCGCUGAGCUGUUGCAGCAAGUGUACCAUCUGUCGCAGAUCAACCACGAUGUUGAGCCCAACUAUGUGCCCAGCAACGUGCAGGUUUAUGUGCCCCAGAUCAAUGGCGAGAAGAUCGUUGCCCCAAUCAACGAGAUCACCCAGCGUUUGAAGCAGCAGAAGCAGAACUUUGGCCAGGAUGAGGUUACCAUCAUUGUCACCGGUCUGCCCCAGACCAGCGAGACCGUGAAGAAAUCCACCCGCAAACUGGUUCAGGCUUACAUGCAGCGCUACAACCUGCAGCAGCAGCAGCAGGAGGGCCAGAAAUACAGCCGCAGCUCGGAGGAGGACAACAAGAAGACAUCCAGCGAGGAGGACUACAGUGAGCUGGCCAAGAAUGCCAACACCAACACCGGCGACAUCAUCGUUGUUGACUUGGGCUCCACUUUGACCAACUACAAGCGUUAUGCCAUGCUCGACAUUGAGAAGACCGGCGCCAAGCUCGGCAAAUGGAUCGUUCAGCUGACCAGCGAAUUGGAAUUGCCCUAUGAGACCAUCCACAUGAUUGGCCAGAACAUUGGUGCCCAUGUUGCCGGCGCUGCUGCCAACGAAUUCACCCGCCUGACUGGCCACAAACUGCGCCGUGUCACCGGUUUGGACCCCAGCAACAUCAUUGCCAAGAACCGCAACACACUGUCGGGUCUGUCUCGCGGUGAUGCCGAAUUCGUCGAUGCCAUCCACACCUCGGUCUACGGCAUGGGCACACCCAUCCGCAGCGGUGAUGUUGACUUCUAUCCCAAUGGUCUGGGUGCUGGUGUUCCCGGAGCCGACAACGUCGUUGAGGCCGCCAUGCGUGCCACUCGCUACUUCGCCGAAUCUGUCCGUCCCGGCAACGAGCGCAGCUUCCCCGCUGUUCCCGCCAACUCGCUGAAGCAGUACAAGCAGAACGAUGGCUUUGGCAAGCGCGCCUACAUGGGCAUCGAUGCUGCCUACGACAUUGAGGGCGACUACAUCCUGCAGGUCAACCCCAAGAGCCCCUUCGGUCGCAACGCACCCGCCAAGAAGCAGAACAACUACCACGGCAUCCACAACGGCUGGCAGAACGAGAAGGAUUACUAAAUUCUCAAUCAAUUUAGGAAUCCGCAAUCCCAAUGGACAAAAUGAUUCAUCGAAUGUCGCACUUUAGAGUUUAAGAACCCAAACCACACAAUUGGAUCUUUUUCUUGAUAACAACGAGUAGUAAUUUUCAUACUAUUAUAUAAAUUCAUGACAAAAUAAACGCAUAUAUUCUUUGUGAAUAAUAUA